UAGGCGUCAACAUCGGAACUUCUGAAAUGUUUAGGCAUAUUUUUGCACUACCGAUGUAAGAAGCUUCGGAAUUUCGAGGCCGGAGAUGCAGUAAUGUGGCUUCGCACAGUAGACCGGAGUCUGCUAUUACAAGGCUGGCAGGAUGUUGCUUUCAUUAAUCCUGCAAAUGUUGUUUUCGUAUAUAUGCUGGUUAGGGAAUUAGUCAACGGAGAAGAGACAAAGGAAUCGGAUUUACAAGCUGCCGUUCUUACCUGUCUAUAUUUAUCAUAUUCCUAUAUGGGAAACGAAAUUAGUUAUCCCCUAAAACCAUUUCUUGUAGAAGACUCGAAAGAUAAAUUUUGGGACAGGUGUCUCUUAAUUGUCAACCGUUUAAGCACUAAGAUGCUCAAGAUCAACGCAGAACCAGGAUUCUUUACUGAAGUAUUUACAGAGUUAAAAUCGUGCGGUCAACUACUUGCUAGUUCUAAUCGAUCACUUACAUGUGGAGCUGCUUGACGCAUUUUUGGAGCAGAAAUAACGGUCAACUUUACAUUUUCUGCACAACAUUAUUGUCACCAUAAAAUAAAACAUAAUCAACUUUGUUGUAACUAAUAU